UUUAUUUUCGUUGAUCCGGUGGCUAUUGUUCACAUAUUCUCAAUUGCUCAGUUGCGGAGCUAUUUACAACCCUGGAAGAAUCGAAGAACCCGAACUGAGAACAUAACAGGGAAUUCAAAGGUUAGAUGCAUGAGUAAUUACAACGUCCGCUGAUUUUCAGUAUCAGAGGACGGCGAAACUCAACCUGAUAAUGACAGUAAAGGAAAUUUCUUAUCCAGAGGAAAAAGUUAAAGGCGAGUCACUGAUUACAACAGAGUCACCUCUGAGUCAGCAGAGUCAGUGAACAGAAACAUCAGGUCACAGACGACGAUAAAGAAUAAUUAUAAAUAUAUCACAAUCUGAUGGCAGAGGAGAGUCCCGCAGAAGCUGCAGGAAAUAGACCUGCUCUUGACAUUCAAGCUGGUGUCGGAAUAUUUCGCAUCAGAAUUCAAAUUGACAACCAUUGGUUAGCAGCAGCAUUCUUAGGCGCCGGCUUCCUAACGUUAAGAGCUUUUUAUAAUUCAAACCACGAGUCUGUUGAGACUGCAGUAAGAAUUGCCUUGGCAGGUUUGGCGGAUGAAGUCUUGUCUAUACGACCGUCUUCUAUUCUUGUCGAUUUUGUUUGUUAUACAAAAGAGAAGUAUCAGGCAUUUAUGGAUGCUUUUACGACAGGAACAGUAAAGCAAAGACUACAAGAGGAAUUUUUUGAAAUUGGAUUCAAAGACAAGUUACAAGUGACCAUUGUAUACGACAACGCGCCUCAGAUAAGAAUGGCGGAAGGAGGUGAAGAGUACUAUUCCUCGUCCGAUGACGAUUCUGAUGUUUCUCUGUUUGACUUAGAUGAGGACGAUGACGAUGCAGAUUGUGUUGACAGGGAGGAUCCUGUCCAGCCCGACGAUGACGGAGAGCAGGCUAUUGAUGAAAAAAAAUUUCAAAAGCAACACGAUGCCGAGUUCUUCAAAGAAAUUGCAGAGCAAGAUGAGCCACAGGAAGAUGUUGCUAAAAACGAUGAAAAUCACGACAAACCACGACUUAAUGUUUCCAUGUCCUUGCGUUACGUCAGUGGAUAUUUCUACGAGAGAAACGUGACACCUUUGCAUUUAAACAUCCUGUCAGACUUUGUGGAUGCGGAGAUUUUCCUGAUUGAUGGUGAUUCUUUGCUUUUGGAACUUUUCGGAGAGGAGAGCCUUGAUUGGCGUCAUGGUGGACAGUUUCUGCACCUCACCUAUCUAUUGGAGCGCUUUUUACAAUACUUCACAGACAAAGGCGGCGUUUUUCACAUCGUCUUUUUCAAAGACAUGGAGAUCAUCUGGAAGACUCAACCGUCCAUGUUGCUAGCUCGCCAAGCUCUUAUUCUUCAUCUUAAGCACAACACAUCAUUCACCGUUGUCACUUCGAUCAACAAUUUCUGGGAAAAGGAAUGGCAAGAUUACAUUAGCGACAAACUGCCUGCAUUUCUGCUGCUAACAGACGCGGAAACCAUUCCUUGGAUAACCAAAAAGUUUGACUGCGCCAUAGAGUUUUUCUUCCGUAGUCUCCUGUUCCAUUGCCUUGGACAGAAAUUAAACUGUGUGUUUAUUUCGGGCAUCCAGAUGACAGCCACAAAGGUGAUGGGCUUUUACUCGGAGUCUAGGUUUGAACAUAGGCGUCUCUUUAGAAAAUUCAAGGAGCCAGUCUGGAAAACGUUUCAAUUUCUUAUGAGAUAUUGUCGUGAUCGGCCAUCUGCGAAUGGCCUCGGGGGUCCAGAAACCUCUUCUCCAGGAAGUCAGGCGUCGUCCUUGGUGUCGCCGUCGUCACUGCUGAAGGUUUCUAUAGUCGGUGUGAUCCGGCAGGGUUCGUCCCUGUCUUUAACGUUGGUCACUCACCAACAACAGUUCUUUUCAGAACUACCCUCACCCGGACGAUCACACUAUACGAACUACCAUAUAUAUAUUAACAAGCGACCCGUUCCAAGGGACAGUUGUGCCACGAUGAAGAAAGCACCAAACCAUUACCGUGUUACUCCUUUUGACAACGGCAAUUUUAUGCAAAUAUACAGUUAUUAUGCGAUCUGUUUUGUUCUAGAACGACCUUCUGAGCCAGACUCUUGCGUGAAAGUCAGGCGUCUCCUUGAGGUCGAAAGCGACCUCGUGAAUGAGUAUGCUGGAGACACUCGGUCAAAAAUUAACGCCACGGCUGGAGAUGAGAAUGAAGAAGUUUUCAACAUUGGCCGGGAAUUUGAUGAACAUUAUCACUGGCAUUCUCUAAAGCCUCUUUCUGAUGAUUACGACCGAACAAAACAAACGUUCACAGAUAAGCCUCCAGACGACCCGUGGCAAAGAAAAUGGUAUUUCAAAGACAAGCAGAAAUACGUUCGCUAUCACAGACUUUAUGGCGACUCACUUGUUGGAGGCAUUAACCAAGCGAAAAGUAUCACAGUCACGGAGACCGGGGAUAAGAAGGAAAAAGGAAAAAAGACGAGUAAGAAGGCAGCACAAAUUAAAGAAGAAAAUAACCAAAGGAUGAAAGAGCAAGACAAGAAAAAAGAUCUAGAAAAGUGGUAUCAUUUUCGUGAGGACAUCGAAAGCAACUUGAAGAAAGACAACUACGAUACGGCUUUGAAGUUGAUUGAUACAUACGAAUCAGAUUGCAAAUCUCCAGAACUUCAUCUUCAAGCGCUCAUGAAAAGAGCGCAGAGUGGUUACGAAGCCUGGCAACAUACAAGAACAUGUGACCCUAGUUGUAACGAUAUGAAGUAUCCUGUCCUUUUAAUGCAAAGUGUCCAGAAAAUUGCGCAAGGGUUCUCAAGUCUACUCACAGACAAGAAGAAAAAGAAACUCGCUGAAUGCAUGCAAAAGCUGGGCUUCAAUGACAUCGCAGGCUCGUUUUAUGAGUUGCAGCCUGAAAGUGGAAAAAGGGCCGGACGGCUUUCUGUUCACACUACAAGCGCAAGAUUCCAACUGGAGCACAUGGGGCAUUUGCUGAAACGAGACGAGCGUACGGAUCGUGAUCCUAGAGUGGACCACUUUAUUCCAGACACAUGGCAGCGCGAGCUCCUUGAUGCUGUGGACCAGAACGAGUCAGCAGUGAUCGUGGCGCCGACCUCAUCAGGGAAGACUUACGCCUCUUAUUACUGCAUGGAGAAAGUGCUACGACAAAGCAACGAUGGUGUAGUAGUGUAUGUUUCACCGACAAAGGCUUUAGUUAAUCAGGUCGCUGCCACAAUCUACGCUCGCUUUCACCGCAAACAGCUCCCAGAAGGACGAGCAGUGUAUGGUGUCUUUACCAGGGAUUAUCGACUCAAUACAUUAAACUCACAGAUCCUUGUUACAGUUCCUGAGUGUUUAGAGAUACUUUUCCUCUCGCCUCGCCGACAAGAGUGGACAAAGAAUAUCAAAUAUGUGAUCUUCGAUGAGGUUCACUGUCUUGGACAAGAGAUUGGGGCGGAGGUCUGGGAACAUCUCCUUCUUCUAAUUCGCUGUCCUUUUUUGGCUCUCUCGGCAACCAUUGGAAAUCCACACGACUUAAUGGCCUGGUUACAAGCUGCUCAAGACUUUCGUGAGCAGCAGGAUAAACAAGAUAAAGGCAAGCUGAGGAAUUCAUACAGGAUCAGGCUUGUUACCUGUGACGAGCGAUACUCAGAUCUGGAAAAAAGCAUUUACCUUCCAAGUCCUUGUCACGGCGGAUUUUCUGAGGAAACGGAGAAAUACGAGGGUAGCUACGAUGUUAAAAACACAGAGGAGUUUGUAAGACUUCAUCCAUGUGCCCAGCUUGGACCCAAACAGCUACAGGAAAAUGGUUUUCCAGGUGAUAUGGCUCUCACUCCCAAAGAAACUCUUCACCUUUUUGACACAAUGGUUCUACAGUGGCCCGACAAAGUUUCCUUGCAGGAACUUUCUCCAGAACAAUAUUUCCUUGAAAAUAAGUUCAUUUUAAAGAGUCAUGCUCGACAAUACGAGCAUGAAAUAAAGAAGGAAUUCAAGUCCUGGGCAGAUGAGAGACAGUUAAAGAAGGUGCAAUCCGUCAUUCAGUCAUUGAAUGCUAUUUGCCUAGACAAGCAGGCCUCGGUUGAACAAGAAUGGAGCGAAAUAGGAAUGCCUUCGUCUGGCACAGAUUUUAUCUUACUUAAUUUCUCGAAGCUGGUUGACCAACUCAGAGCACAAGAUAAACUGCCAGCCCUGGUUUUCAGCUUUGACCGCAAGAUGUGCGAAUACCUAUCGCAGUAUCUUACUGAGGACUUUGAAGAUCGAGAAGAAGUUCUUCGAGCUCAAGGGGACCCAAAAACCUUAAAACUGGUAGAGAAGAGGCGAGAAAAGGCUGAAAAGAGAUUGAAAAAGACAAGAGAUCAAACAGAUAAAGAGAAAGGAAAUAGGUCAGCCAACCAACCAGUGGAACUAAUUAAGGAAGAUUUUUCAUCUUUGGGUGAAACAUUGCCUCAAGAUGCAUUGGCCCUGAUAGCUCAAGGUGGCCCAAGGACCUUGAAAUUGGCAGAGAAGAGGCGAGCAAAGGCUGAAAAGAGGUUGAAGAAAUCAAGAGAUGAAACAGAGAAAGGGAAAAGGUUGAACAACCAACACGAAGAGGAAGACGAGGAAGAUUUUUCAGCUUUAGAUGAACCUUUGCCAGAAUGUACAUUGGCUUUUACACACAGAAUUGGAAACCAGGACUUAGAAAAGAUUAUGGACCGCAUACGGUUUAUCAAGAGUAAAGACAUAUUCAAGCGUUCCUUGAAACGAGGAAUCUGCUAUCAUCACGCUGGACUUAACAACAAAAGACGCAGCUGUGUGGAAAUCUUGUUUAGGGAGAGAUAUCUUCAGGUGGUCGCAGCAACGGGAACUUUGGCCCUUGGCAUUCAUAUGCCUUGCAAGACAGUCGUAUUCGCUGGAGACUCACCUUUCUUAAACUCUCUGAUGUAUAGACAGAUGUCUGGCAGAGCGGGUCGUAGAGGCUUUGACCCGGUGGGAAAUGUUUUGUUUUUUGGAGUUCCUUACCGCAAGGUUCAACGACUCAUAACAGCUAACAUUCCAAAGCUAGUUGGGAACUUCCCCAUAAAUGUAUCGUUGGUCCUGCGCCUGCUCUUGAUGACGACAAAGGGAGACGACAAGAACGAUGCGCUGACUAAGGUAUCAGUAGGAAAUAGAACUUGAUCAUACGUUGAGAACUCCUUUGACCGAGCUGCAUUCUAGAACGCGAUUCGAGUGCAGAGUGCAGAGUGCAGAGUGCAGAGUGCAGAGUGCGGAGUGCGG